GCCAGACCCGUCGGACCAGCGAGACGGCUCGGCAACUAUACCUAAGGGCAACAACGCCUGCCAGACGCUGUGGUGAUAUUGCAUCUAGCCCAGCACGGACUGCUGACUGUUGCUUCGGCUUUUUUUCUCGGAGAUAAAGGGCUGCCAACAUAACUUGAGAAAAUGGACUACGUCCAACAGCGCGUGGCGCAAUUCGCCUCUAACGCCGACACAUCCUCCAACAACACCCUCUUCACCCCACUCAACGGCCUGCUCCUCUCCGUCCUCCUCUAUACUGCCUACGCCUUCUUCCUCCGCCCAACCCCGCCGCCGCAGCUGCCCAAGGAGGAGCCGGCCAUCGUCUUCCGCACCUUCACGCCGCGUACCCUACUGCCCUACAACGGCGAGGACGGCAAGCCCGUGUACCUGGCCGUGCGCGGGCGCGUCUUUGACGUGUCGCGGGGCCGCAACUUCUACGGCCCCGGGGGCCCCUACGCCAACUUUGCCGGCCGCGACGCCUCGCGCGGCCUGGCCUGCGGGAGCUUCGCCGAGGACAUGCUGACCAAGGACCUGGACGGGCCGCUGGACACGCUCGAGGACCUGGGUCCGUCCGAGUUGGAGGCGCUGAGGGGCUGGGAGGAGCGGUUCGAGGAGAAGUAUCUGGUCGUGGGCAAGCUGGUGGCGGUCGGCGAAGAGGAGAAGGAUAAGUAGAGAAGGAGCGGGACAGGUAAAAUCGGGGGAUUGGAGGAUCGGAACAAUGCAGGGGCGGUUGAAUUAGGCGUGCUUCGAGGCGGUUGCAUGCUUACCGCCGCAUCAAUUGAGAGCGCCUCAUAUGAAAACGUUUUGGAUCGGAGUUCAACACUGUGAUUAUUUCGAUAGCUCGGUCCUGGUUUGAAAGCGAUU